GUGUGUGUGUGGGGGGGUGUUACUCAGUAUAAAACCCUCAGACUGAGAAAACGCCUCUGCAAACAUACCGUCUCUCCUCUAUAUCUGCUUCUCUCUCUCUCUCUCGCGCUGUCCUUCACUCCCAUGCACACACUCACUCACUUCAUCCUCUCUUCCUCUUUGCUGUCUCUGCCAUCCCUCAUUCUCUACAUUACCGAGUGCAACUCUGUCCACCAGACAAUGGGAUCGACUUUUUGGGAGAGCGUGUGAGUGCAUUCGCAUGCAUACACGUGCGUGUGUGAGAGUGCGUAUGCGUGUGAGUGAGAUCAAGCGGAUGUGGGAUCUGUGUGAAAGGCUUUCCUGCCAGCCCACUGGAUCCAGUGAGCCAGCUAAGCAAACCAGGCGUGCACAGAGCUGGGCAAGUGUGUGAGAGUGUGUGCAUGUGGGUCUCUUUCACCCUUACACGCUCCUCCACAAGCUUGGGAUCCUAGGGCUUGGCACCUUUCUCCCAGGACCCCCCUGCACCCUUCUGUCUGUCUCUCUCUCUACGGUCUCCUUUUCUCCAGCAGUCACCAUUUCGGCUCCCGGCAGACCCACGCUGGCUGCCCAGCCACUCCCGCGCCUCAGCCUGGGCAGGAAGACCCUGGUGGCGGCCGCCGUAGGGGUCAUGCUGGUGCUGGUGCUGGUGGUGCUCAUCCCUGUGCUGGUCAGCUCCGUGAGCAAUGACAAUAGCAACUACGAGAUGCUGGGCACCUGUCGAAUGGUUUGCGACCCAUACCAGAACAAGGGCACCAGCACGGGCAUCGCCAGCACUGGCUCUUCUGUGCAGGCCGAGGCCGAGGCUCUGGCCGACCACAGCAACAUGCCUCCACCCUCCACGCUCCUCCAGGGGCCACAGGGGAAGCCGGGCCGGCCAGGCAAACCCGGACCUCCAGGGCCACCAGGGGAGCCAGGGCCCCCGGGUCCGAUGGGGCCCCCGGGGGACCGGGGGGACAGGGGCCGAAACGGGGUUCUGAGUCUGGGCAAUGAUGGAGCUAUCAGCACGGUUACAUACAACACGCACCCACGGGUGGCUUUCUACGCAGGACUGAAGAACCCACACGAAGGCUAUGAGAUCCUCAAGUUCGACGACGUGGUCACCAACCUCGGCAAUAACUAUGAUGGUACUUUGGGCAAGUUCAUCUGCAGCGUGCCAGGCACGUAUUUCUUCAUCUACCAUGUCUUGAUGAGAGGAGGCGACGGAACCAGCAUGUGGGCUGACCUGUGUAAAAAUGGACAGGUGCGAGCCAGUGCGAUAGCUCAAGAUGCUGAUCAGAACUAUGACUACGCCUCAAACAGUGUGAUUCUGCAUCUAGACGCUGGCGAUGAAGUCUACAUCAAACUGGAUGGUGGCAAAGCCCACGGGGGCAACAACAACAAAUAUAGCACCUUCUCUGGCUUCAUUCUUUACGCCGACUGAAUAUGUGAGCACAGAGGAAAAGCAUCUGGAAAGAAAGAAAUAUAGCUAAAGGAAAAAGGAAGUGAAGGAAGGAGCAUUUAUCAUCCCAAGCGCUUUAUUUGACCAGGAUCUCUCCAUUGUUUCAGCACACAUUUUUACAGAAAGAGACUCCGUGGAACAAGGGUUCAGUAGCUUCUCUUCAAAUCACCUUAUUGAUUGAUAAAAGACAAGAUAAUAAAGUGAUAAAAGUGACGUUUUUCUCUUUCGGUGUUGAAAGGGCAUUUUUGUCUUUCUUGUUUUAAGACGCAAAGAGUGACCGGCAGAGAUCUUAAACCUCCUCCUCAUCUGCUUUUCUUCAGUAAAACUCGUUUUGCCCACAGAUAUCUAAUGUUUAAAAGAUCCCUGACAACCUGUGGAAAAAAGAAUGUUACUUUUGAAGGAUAUGUGGAUCUGAUGACAACUGUAUUGAUAUAAUUCUGAAGCUUGGGUCCAAUUUCUCCUUACCUCUACAUUGGAUACAGCACCCCCUGUUGGCUAUUGUUGGUAACUGGUUUCCAUCUCCAUUCUUUUCGUAUGUGUUGUACUCUGUUGGGACUGCAGUAGCUGAUGAGCUUUGUGAAUGAAUGUUAUUCCUUAAAGCACUUGAUACUCAAUUUAGGCAAAUUGAUACUCUGCUACUCCCACUUCCCAUGACUCCUUUCUUCCCUGGUCAAUUAGCACUCGAACUUAAUCUACCUCCUCUCAGUCACCUCCUGCUCCUCCAGAAACAGCAGAUGACUUAUAAGUCUCAACUCUUUUUUAUGAACAAGAUGGCUUAAAUAAUGUUAAUGUAUGCUUUACUAUUACUUAACUAAAGAAUGGUGUAGAAUAUUUUUCUGAAGCUAAAUUUUAAAAUUACAACAACAAAAAAGAAUAGCAUUUGACAAAUAUAAGGUGGCAUUUUAAAUUAUAAAAAACACCUAGCCACAGUAUUACUCAUUUACAACAAUUAUUUCCUUUAUAACUGGAAUAUUAUGGCGAAAUUUACACGAAAAGAAGUGUUUGAUUAAAAAGCACUGAUUUUGAAGAGGGAUGGAGGACGCAUAUCUGGGGAGAGUUGAGGUGCUGUUGAGGGGCUUCACUUGUCACUCAAUCAUUCCUGCUAACAAAUGCAACAACAUGCAGUGAGAAUAUUUACACUAAUAUUUUAUUCCGAUGGGAUGAAUGAAUGUGAGCAAAUGAGGUUUAUUUGUAAGUGUGCACGUGCGUUUGUGAGUGGGAGUGUGGGAGUGUGUGAAUCUGUACCAACACCAGAGCAUGAACUAUAUUUUGUCUUUGCCACAUUAUUGGUUUGAGAAAUGUUCUAUGCUUUAGCCAGUCAAAGAUGUGAUAAAGAGCCAAUGAGAUUGCAUCAGACACGUUUAGCCAAGCCUCUAUGGAGAAGAUAUAAAAUAAACAAUAAAGCUGUAAAUUAAAUAAAUCUAUGCUAUGUUUGUCAGUCCUACUUUAUCUUUUGGAAAUGUUGAAUAAAUUUAAAUAACAAA